AUCGCGACUGUUGCCAGGUCAGGAUCAAAAGUAGAAAUUUAACCAAAUCUUUAAGAGGCAGAUCGCAAGAUUAACUACAACGUUUUGACAAUGAGUCUUAAGGAAGAAUGAAGAAACCGGCGGUUUCCCUGGGUUGAGUUGGAAGAUAAGUUUUGAGUAGCCAGAGGAGUGUGAUUGUGCGGCAGGAAUCAUCGUCAUGAGCGCAGGCAUGCAGAAACCACCGGUUGCCCCCAAACCAAAGAUCGCCCAGCCACAGAGGCCAGGGCCCUACCCCUCCUCGGCCCCCAAACGAGAUGGCCUCUCCCAGGCUUCCCUCGGUACACCAAAGACAGUUAAACCAGCUCUGGCCCCCAAACCACCAUGCCUACCCAAACCAUGCCUCACCACCGCUGUGGAGUACAAACCUCUCUCCUCAAAGACUACCCAUCACCAUCAGACAACCGUGCAAGAUUCUCAGAGACCAUCAGAGAUGUCUACAAGUAUAGGUCUUCUGAACUCCAGGAAUGGAAUACCUGAUUGGGAUUAUAUUAUUCCUAUCUGCCUGUGUAGCCAGAAUAACUGUCUGUGUGUGGGGAACGGUAACGCAACGGAUGUAGUGAUUGACACAAUUCAAAAAGACUUGAAAACAUUGCAUAACAAAGGCAAAACGGAGGAAUCUAGAAUAAAUCCGGUUCCCAGAUUUCGAUCUCGAGAGAACAAAGGAGCCAACAACAACAAGAGCCAAGCAGUCAACAACACUCUACCAGACAUUUGCGUACAGGCUGUGUUGCUGUCCACCAAUAACCACCUCUUAAACCCCAAACAGAACCUAAACUCAGACAUUGUGACGCCAUCGUCACACCCUGACAUAAAGCACCCUCUUCCUCAGAGCAAUGAAGCCAACGGUAACGCCGUCACCACCUCCUCUAAUGCCAUUGGUGACGGAGAACAGGAAGACCCCACCAGCUCCACAGGGAUUGGCAGAGACACUGGCACAUCCAAUCAGAACCCAGCUGCUCCUAGGAAGCCCCUCCCUGUCCCUGUACUACGGAAACCCAGGAAGUCUGCUCUGGUUGGACAGGAAGACCCAGAGGAGGGGAGGGGUAGAGCGGAGGGGAGGCCAGGGAGGGAAACGACUGUCAGAAAGGUGAAGGUGUCACUGGAGAGGAAGAGCAGCCCAUCUCUUUCUGUCAACGCACCUGCUUCUCGGGCGCACAACGUCCCAGAAUGUCCUGCCAGUACAAAUGAUAGCUGGGAGGGUCUCCCAUCCUACAGGACACCCGGCCCACCACCUGUUCCUGCUGCUCCCCCUCCCAGAAAGGACGCAUUUCUGUCUGAACCUGAGAGAGGAGCACAGACCUCCUCUGCCACCUCCUCUCAGCACCUCCUCCCCACCUCCUCCCCUCUGCACCUCCUCCCCACGGAUGACGGCGUCUAUGAAAUGGAGUGUUCAGUGGAAGAGGAGGAGGAAGGGAAGGAUGAAGAGGAGGAGGAGAUACAUGGUGAGAUUAGUUGUCGUCCUCUCUCGACCAGUCUUCCCAACCAGCUAGAGUUCGACUCCAACUGCCACUUUCUCCUCACCUUAGCAACCACUGAGCGUUACAAAGAAAAUGCGAGUGCUCAAAACAAGAUGGCCGGCGUCCCCAAGAAACCGCUGGGACACAGCUCCCCAGGAGCAUGGGUACUGAAGAAGGAACUGUCAGAAGAGAGAGAAGGGGAGGAACGAAAGACUUCCGAUAGUGACGAUGAUGGACGUGCCCUCACCAAGGCCGUGAAAGCUAUGAGAAAGCUCCCUGCAACCCCAGGAGAGGAUAAACCACGAAGGAGCAGCAUCCUUCAGACGCUGGUGUCUCCUGUAUCCCGUAAGGGGAGCACAGACAACACACAGACAAAGGGCAGCUUGCCAACAGAUGAAACGCUGUCACCGUCCAAGCAGUCUCGCUCCAGCCUGGGGAAACAGAAGGCCAAGUCCUUCUCCUCCGCCGACCUGACCCCCUCUGUGGGACAGAAACGGAACUCCUUCCGGAGGCUUCUGGAUCUGAAACUCUCUGUCAAGAUGCUGCCCAAGCUGCUAGCCAAGGGAGGCCAGUCUCUAGACUGCACUGCAGCUGAGGCAGAACAAUGUGCGGAUGAUGUACACCAAAAUAGUGGCGUCUGUUUCCAGGAACGCCUGGGCGUUCGGGUGGGGGACGCCCGCAAGUUCUCCUGUCCCCAGCUGGGGGUGAUCGGGGUUGGUACGGAGCAGAGCGUGGACGGGGAUGAGAUCCACUACCCCGGAGCGGAGCAGGCUGUGGAGUAUGAAAAUGUUCCCUAUUACGAGGCGAUACCUGAGUAUUUUAACCAGCCUGUUGGACUGGGACUACGGGGGAGUGAGCUGAGGGUGGGUACACCACCGGACCAGUCGGAGUGGCACAACCACCUGUAUGAUGAUGCCAAUAUCUAUGAGGAACAGGAGCCGUACCAUCCCCUGAAGAAACACAGUGAACAGCACAGCAGCACUGAGAGGAGUUCUGUAGAUGAGGAUGUUGGCCCACUAGAUGAUGAAGGUCAGUCUGAUGAGGACAUCAUGGUUCAGAGUUCAGAUGAAGAGGAUGAUGACAGUUCUUCCUCUAGUAAAGGAGAACCUGAGCAUCCUGAGGAGAGGGAGGCUGGCAGUGGUGCCAAGCAGAGCAAGAUAGUCCACAUCGCCAGGGAGAUCAUGAGCUCCGAGAAUGUAUUUGUCAAUGUCCUGAAGCUUCUCCAUAUCGACUUCCGUGAGGCGGUGGCAAAGACGUCCCGUCGGAGUGGGAAGCCUGUUAUAGAGGAGCCUAUUCUGAACCAAAUCCUGUACUAUCUGCCCCAGCUCUACGAACUGAACCAGGACCUGCUCAGAGAGCUGGAGGAGAGGGUCGCCCAGUGGGACGAGCAUGGUCGGCUAGCGGACAUCUUUGUGAAGAAAGGGCCCUAUCUGAAGAUGUACUCCACGUACAUCCGAGAAUUUGACAAGAAUGUGGCCCUACUAGACGAGCAUAGCAGGAAGAACCCAGCCUUCGCGGCAGUGGUGCGGGAAUUUGAGGCUGGUCCUCGCUGUGCCAGCCUUGCUCUGAGGCAUUACCUACUGAAACCUGUUCAGAGGAUCCCUCAAUAUCAGAUGCUGCUCACAGACUACCUGAAGAACCUGUCUCCAGACUCAGCAGAUUACAAAGACACACAAGCUGCCCUGGGCAUAGUGAAGGAGGUGGCCAACCAUGCCAAUGACAUCAUGAAACAGGGGGAUAACUUCCAGAAGCUGAUUCAGGUUCAGUGCAGUCUGAACGGACACCACGAGAUCGUCCUGCCUGGGAGGGUGUUCCUGAAAGAGGGGGUUCUGAUGAAGCUCUCCAGGAAGAUCAUGCAGCCCAGGAUGUUCUUCCUGUUCAACGACACAUUGCUGUACACCACCCCUGUUCAAUCUGGGCAGUUCAAACUCAACAACAUGCUGUCUCUGACUGGGAUGAAGGUUAGCAAACCCAGCCAAGAGGCCUUUCAGAAUGAGCUGACCAUUGAGAGUGUGGAACGCUCCUUCAUACUCUCUGGCAGUUCUGCGGUGGAGAGAGAUGAUUGGCUUGAGGCCAUCUCCACGGCGAUCAAUGACUACACCAGGAAGAAGAUCUCCUUCAUCUCCAGCAAGUCUCAGGAGGAGACUGGGUCUGAGGACACUGGCAGUGGAGUUCCCCUGGGUUCUAAGGCCCCUAUCUGGAUCCCAGACCCAAGGGCCACCAUGUGUAUGGUCUGCACCUGUGAGUUCACCCUCACCUGGAGACGACACCACUGCCGAGCCUGUGGAAAGGUGGUGUGCCAGUCCUGCUCCUCCAACAAACAAUGUCUGGAGUAUCUGAAGAACCAGCUGGCCAGAGUGUGUGAUCAGUGCUUUAUUGUACUACAGCAGCAGAGAAGUGAAAAGGCCCUGUCUCCAACUCUCUCCCCUGGUGGAAAAUCCUCCUUUGCUUUCAGCAGGAAAACGAAGAGGAUUCCUGCUGCCCUCAAGGAGGUGUCCGCAAACACAGUCAACUCGUCUAUGAGUGGUUACCUGCAGAGGUCAAAGGGCAAUAAGAAGCAGGGGAAGAGGCUUUGGUUCGUCAUCAAGAACAAGGUCCUGUAUACGUACGCUGCCAGUGAGAACGUGGCAGCGUUAGAGAGCCAGCCAUUGCUGGGCUUCAUGUUGAAAGAGGAGGAAGAGGGUCCAGGGCCAGCAGCUCAGAAGCAGCAGUUCAAGCUCUAUCACAAAAACACGCUGCAUUACAUUUUCAAGGCCGACGACUGCCAAACCGCCCAAAGAUGGAUAGAUGCGUUCAAGGAAGCCAUGGUGCUCUGACCAUCACUCUCUGUACCCGCAGUCGAUUAACUGUACCUAAGCAGUAACGUUAUGAAGGUGUGGCUGUGUCACUCUGUAUGAUGAUGAUGAUGAUGUGGAUAUUGUAAUUGUAAUACAAUUAAUAUGUCUCUACUGAAAACAAUAAGAGGAAGGGGAGGUAUUAAUUGCUGAUGCAAGCACACCUAAAGCCCCAAUUAAGGAUUUUUAAGCAUUAAUGAAAUACACAUUUUAUUGUUAUGAACCUGAUUUCUUUGGUGGGCAUUAUGGCUGAUAGAGCACAGGUGGGUCGUUCCACCAAUCAGGUGCCUUUUGAGUAGUGUAACGUGGUGUGGAAAAAAACCGUUUGAUUUCACCUAAUUUUAACAUUUUGUCAUAGAGCGCAUGUUCAACUUCAUAGAAAAACAUGUUUUUCCAUCUCAAGUGGUUCAAUAAAAAUAUACUAUAGUAUAAGUGCAAAAUAAUGUAACAGGGUUGGCGAUUUUCAUCUUAAAACAGCCAUAAAUCCCCUUGUGACAGGGGGAAUGGAAAUGUGUUGUGUGCAACAGGGGAUGGGCAAUUGAAAGUAAGCUUCAGAAUGUAUUUAUUGAUUGUUAAAACAUUUCUAGCCUGUCCAUCUAUGGGUAACAGGGUUGACGUGUUAUGUUCGGCCCGCUCACCUUUCCACUAAAAAACACCAGAAAAUGGCCAGAAAGAGUAGAACCAGCUCACCUGCUUUUACACUAUGGUUUGAAUAUUAUGACUGUAAGUCGCUUUGGAUAAAAGCGUCUGCUAAAUGGCAUAUUAUUAUUAUUAUUAAUAUUAGAUGUUCAACGUUUCUUUUGCAAAACACUUUUUUUUAAGGAAUAAUUUCACCAUAUUAAAAUGAGAGUUCAGUUCACAUAACAGGGUUGACAAAAUGAGG